AUCGCGGUCGGGAAGCAGGAGAGCUACGCUGGAAACGGCAAGCGCUUGGUCUCUGCUGUUAAAACGGACCACGUAUAAAUCCUGCGUUAUUGGAAUGGAAAAAACAACACGGGCGCCUUAAAUUUGCGUUGAAAAGUUCGAAGAGCCUCGUCCUUGUCCGCGAGCCGAAAGUAUCACUGCCCUCAUGGAAGACAAGAGGAAGAAAAGGAGUCCCAAAGUGUCCCUUCCCCAGCCUCCUCCUCCACCAAUCAACCCUCGAAAGCUCUCUGUUCUCCCAGCGAGUAAAAGCGCCACAUUCUCAUUGGGUUUACCCCAGCCCCCCUCCCCCAAACCCAGAGGCAAGUACAAGAGAUCGGUAGGGGCAAUGGGUCCUUCUAAAGAUGCUGUCGCUGUUCCUGUGGUCCCCCCAAAAAACACAAGGCCUCACAGAGAGAAACCCAGAGCUCCUCAGCCUGCCGGACCCAGCCGAGUGUCCCAGUCCUCCUCACCACUCCAGCACUCAUUCCUCACCGACGUCUCUGAUGUGAGAGAGAUGGAGGGAGGACUGCUCAACCUGCUCAAUGACUUUCACUCUGGAAAACUACAGGCUUUCGGUAAGGUGUGCUCCUUUGAGCAGCUAGAGCAUGUGAGGGAGAUGCAGGAACGUCUGGCCCGGCUGCAUUUCAGUCUGGAUAGUCAUGUGGAGGAGCUGUCUGAAGACCAGAGAAAAAAUGCUUCGGACCGCAAUCUAGAACACUUGCUUUCUAAUUAGACACACACACUUUAGUGGAAUCUGGAUCUAAUGGAUAUGGAACACCAGUCUACUUGUUCUCUCUCCACUAUUCAAGCACUCUCUCACACACAGAUACUAAAGGACUGGACACAAUAGUACCCUGUAUCUGAAUACAGGCCUCUGGUUGAAUCUUGUAUUAUCAUCCAAAUCUAAGUGUCGCUGUCUGACUGAAUUCUUUCAUCAGCCUGUGAGGGGCUGGACAGUUACUAUUGAUAGUAUUUCCCUUCUAGCUGUCAGCUCAGUGGUAUGUUGUAGAGAACUCAGCAGAUUGGAGUAUGUGAGAGUGUACGUGUGUGUGUGAGAGAUUCAUUAUGGGUGGUUCACUUAGUAUAACAGAGUGUAUAUAGUUGAAUCUUAAGAAAGGUCAUGUUUUACCCCACUUUUUCAUAAAGCUUAUUUUAGGACUAUUAAGACUUUUGCAAAA